GGCUGGGCGUCAAGGAAACCACCGGCGUGGGGAAGGUCAAAGUGAUGCUCCGAGUGGGCGCGCCUGGCGAGGGUCCGUUCACGAGCGGCUCGCAGACCUUCUCGCUGGACAAGCGCAAGAAGCAAGUCAGCCUGUGCGAGAACCAACCGGCGGCGGCGGCGGCGCCAGAAGACCGGCGGGUCGGCGUGGCCGCGCCCAAGAUGUUCGCGUUUGAUGCCAUUUUCUCACAGGAUGACUCUCAGACCGAGAUAUGCGCCAGCGCACUGACGGACGUGAUCCACGCGGUCAUCAACGGGACGGACGGUUGCCUCUUCUGCUUUGGACACGCGGGACUUGGUAAAUCCUACACAAUGUUGGGGCGACCGGACGCCACGGCAUCGCUCGGCGCGAUCCCGUGCGCCAUCUCGUGGCUGUUCCGUGGCAUCGCGGAGCAACGCCACAAGUGCGGGACCCGGUUCUCCGUCCGGGUGUCCGCUGUGGAGCUGUGCACGAAUACCAACCAGAUCAGGGACUUGCUGGCUCCGUAUCAGAAUGACACAGAGCAGUCGCCAGGGGUGUACCUCCGAGACGACCCGCUCUUCGGCACCCACCUUCAGAACCAGUCCGAGCUGCGCGUGCAUAGCGCAGAGAAGGCUGCCUUCUACCUGGAUGCAGCCCUGGCCACGAGAGGGCAGAGGGAAGAGGGCAAGGACAGCCACCUGCUGUACACCCUGCAUGUGUACCAGUACAGCGUGGGAGGAAAAGGCGCUGUUGCCGGAGGGCGGAGCCGUCUCCAUCUUAUCGACUUAGGAAACUCGGAACGAGGAAAAACAAAUGGUGGAAUCCCCUUAUCAGGCUUAGGAAAUAUAUUAUUAGCUAUAUUCAACGGUCAAAGACACUUGCCUUACAGAGAUCACAACCUAACGCACGUCUUAAAAGAAUGCCUCGGGUCUCUAACCUGUCACACAGCCAUGAUAGUCCACGUAUCGCCAAACACACAAAAUUACUCGGACACAUUGACAACACUGCAGUUAGCGUCGAGAAUACACAGGCUGCGGCGACGGAAAGUUAAGUAUUCUUCAAAUAAUAACGCUGGGUCUGGAGGAAGCUCGGGAGAAGACGCUUCCAAGCCAAGCAGUAGUGAGCCUGAUCCCUCUAGUAGUGACUUAUCAGCAGACACUGUCAUCUACGUAGGUCCCAUGGAUGAUGCCACAGAUGGAGAGCAUCCUCCAGUUUAUAUACCCCAUAUUAACUCUGGUGACAAUCGAUGUGUACUAAGUAAAGCUCUAAGAGGCUCAGCAGCAGAACAAAAACACAAAUCGUCCCUUUCAAAAGUUAUUGAAGAAAAAAGUCCUGUGCAUAAGUUACAUGGGUCACCUAAGGCCUCGCCCUUAAAAACUGCAAUGCCAAGUCAUACCCCUAAAGCGUCUCCCGUUCAUUCAGUGACAUCGAAGACAACGCCUUUGAAAAAAGCUUGUUCUAAACAGUUUUCUGAGGAAGGCAAAAGCACAAGCGAUGAACAAUGGAUUGAUGGGCCUAGAAUAUCAAAAUCCAAGCUAGUAGAGGCACGACACAUAAUAAAAGAGACUCAAAGUAAAAAACGAGAAACUUGGAUUGACGGGCCUAUGCAAGAACCCAAGCUUCCAUCACAGUUUGAGCCUCAGCCAAUACAGCCUAGCUCUAUACCUCUCCAAAUUGGAGUACUAGGAUCCCAUGGAAAUGAGGCUUUAGGAUAUGGAUACAUGGAUAAUCACAAGAAGAACAUGAUACGGAAAUGGGUUGAAAACCAAACAUCACAAAUACAUAAAUCUAGACAUAAUUCUCCAAGUCAUAAAGUUCACAAAGACCCUCGAUUGCCCGAUGAGCCAGAAACAUCACAUAGAAUGGAACCUGUUAUUAGAGAUUCUGUAAGGCGAGUACAUGUUGAAGAGUCUACUAUAAGGACUGGCUUAAAAGCUGGAUCAAAAGGGAUGGCAAUUGAAGAAGAAAAUGUUCCUCCUUCAAAUGGUUCAAAACGAAAUAGCUCUUCAAAAUCAUCAAACAAAAAUGAACCAGAAGAAGAUGAUGACAGUGAAGAAUCAGCAGAAAUUCCACCAGCAUUGCCUUUGAUACAACCGAGUAGCUUAAGCAGCAGAGAAGUAUCAAUGGAAAGCUUAGACAGCAAAUAUAAAGAAAGGCUGAGAAUGGAUGACGAACUCCUUUCAAAUCACAGCAGAGACCUGGACCAUCUUGGUUUAAGCAAAGGUCCAGCGGAUGAUGAAGAUGAAAUCCUAGAAAUAAUUGAAGUUGAGGAACCGCUGGAACCUGUCCCCAUGCAAGACUGCUGCCUUCAAGUUACUGAAGAAGACAUUGCAUUUUGUAUGGGUUUCUCUGAAAAUCCUUUACCUGAAGUUGAUCAAGAAGAUGAUGAUCAUCCACUUAGGAUUUUAAGUCAAGAAAAUUUAACAGUCGCUUCAACGUUUACAGACACUCUAUCUUUGUACAGUGAAGUAGAGCGUCAGAUAAGGAACGAGGCAUAUCUUAGACAAACCAUGGGUUUUUAUGGAGAAAAUUUUAUGUGUGAGCCAAUGGGUGACAUAAAUCCCCAUCAAAGCUUACAAUCAUCGAGAUCGAGGAUUGACGAGCUUAUAGGCUUAACUGAACUGUAUGGCUCUAGGAGAAUGUUAGAAAAUAGUGAUAUGCCUGUAUCAAGAAUAGCACCGCAAUUUCAAUCAUUAUCUCUUUCAAAUGUCCGAGAUACGGAAGAGUAUCACGGAGACGGUUCUGUGUAUAGUGAACCCGCAUACCGGCCUAGUGAUAAAAUAUGUGAUAGUUGUAGGAGAUCCAUGUCUAGACCAGGCAGCGCUGUUGGAGACUGUGAUGCAUAUCAAGAUUUAGAUGUUACUCAUAAUGAUUGUUACGGUCCGUUUGAGAGAUAUCGAGGAAAUGACAUAACCGAUGCCAGGAUAGCGUCUCUGAGGCAUCCGGAUGGCGCUUCAGACCCGAAUUUAAGAGAAGAAAGGAGAAUACCCGGUAGUGGUGCUCCUUCGGCUAAUUCCUUUCGUGAAUUAAAGUCGAAUUUACACCUGGAAGUUUCACCUCCUGUUGUAACUACAGAGCCACGGAUAGAAAAAAACGAAAAGGGAGAUCGAGGUGUAGCGAGGGUCGUGGCAAGCUCUAAGCCUGACGGAUACGAUAGUGGUCAUGAGUCCACACCUCGCACUGGGAAACAUAGUCCUGCGGGGACGUCUCGGCGUGCUGAAUCUGGUUACGACUCUGUUCCCAGAGACUCUGACGCGUCUUCCCUAGACUCAUAUCCAACGCGGAGAGCCGCAGUGGCGCGGGCGCACGCAAAGAAACACACUACGGCUAAGUAUAAGCAGCACAGUGAUAGAUCUUUUUGCUCUUGGCUAAGGAACCCUUUCACUUGCAAAUACGCCGACACUGAUCCUGAAAUUAGUGACUUUUAAGUAGUCUAUAAAACCACUAUCACAACAUCUGUAUGAAAAUAUAAAAUGCUAAGUAAUGUUUACGUAUCAUUAAGCUACGUUACCGAAUUUAAUCUGGAGACUGUUUUUGUACUCUAGAUAUACUCGUGUUUAUAAUAGCUUUGGCAUUGGCACUAAUCCAAUGAGGUUACCAUUGUAUUUUUCUAAACUUAAAGAAGCUUCUAGUAUCUGUGCUCCAAACUAUUUAGCGUUACUUAGUGAAGACUAGGUUAUCUAAACACUUUUGUAAAGUUAAACGUCUGUUAUGUAAUGAACUGC